AUGGUAGAGCAACCCGCAAACGUGGAUGCCGCCGUGAAUACCCCAGUUGUGGUUGAUUCAAACGAUGAUGGAACAGUCGCCCAGGAACUGGAAUUAGAGCAUAUGAGGAGUACAUUGGAAGAGGCGAUUGUGGAAACGCGCAGUACGCCUCUCGAAAAUCGACCGCGACUUCCCCGCAUAGCCCUAAGCAAGCGGAAUCGGGCUGUCGUGAGGGCUCUGAACCCAAUGCUGGUGACCUAUUUGGAAGCCAGCCGGGACCUUUGCGAGACGGACUCAAUUCUUUUUGGCGCCGCGCUGGCAGUCUGCCGUAUCAUAGGCGCCAAGGUUUCCACGGCUGGACGCGCUACUGGCCAUAGUAGCGCUAUCCCAGCAUGGAGAAGAAGAAUUGAGGAAGGUAUCGCAAAGGCUAGAGCUCUCAUCGGCAGACUGAUAUGCUUCAGAUCAGGCAACAACAGGCCAAGAAUUGUGCGCACCGUCAGGAUGGCGUUUGCUGGGACAAAUGUCAGUUUGUCCCAGCCGGAUAUAACGCAAAAACUGACGGAGCGCAUAGAUGAUCUGAAGCAGAGAAUCGCUGCUUGGGGAAAGCGGAUUCGGCGAUAUACCGAGAGGUCGACACGGUUCAACCAGAAUCGUCUCUUCCAGAGUGAUCAGAAGAGGCUCUAUGAAUCAUUGGAGCGACCAAUGGUAAGUGGAACGGGUCCAGCACCGAAUCAGGCCGACACUGUAGCAUUCUGGCGCGGCCUGUGGUCAGAGCCCGUAAACCACAGCGAGGGCCCUUGGACGGAAGUUGUGGCGAGUCAGUGUGCGGGUAUUACGCCCAUGGACCCCGUCAUCAUAACGCCGGAUGACGUAGCUGAGGCGGUUCGUAGGGCCCCGAACUGGAAAAGUCCGGGGCUUGACGGGCUGCAUCACUACUGGCUGAAGGGGUUCAUGCAAGCGGCACCCGCCGCUGGUGGAGCACGUCGCAUGCGUUGGUUACAAGCAAUGAAUGCAAACGCACUGCGGGCGUACUUUAGGGCAAAAGGCGAAGAAACUGGAUGUUUGGCGUAUCGGGCUAGGAUGCAUCGUCUUUUUGCUGAGCUGGAGCCAUCUUUAACCGUCACAGAGCAAAACCUGGCAGACCGAGUUUGGUAUAUCUUGCGCUCAAAUAUAUUUGAUGUCGCCGAACUCGAACGGCUACGACGUGAGGCUGUUCCCUCGUCGGAUGAGAAUGCUACGGCUGAGGAUGCGGCGCCACAAAUGGUAGAGCAACCCGCAAACGUGGAUGCCGCCGUGAAUACCCCAGUUGUGGUUGAUUCAAACGAUGAUGGAACAGUCGCCCAGGAACUGGAAUUAGAGCAUAUGAGGAGUACAUUGGAAGAGGCGAUUGUGGAAACGCGCAGUACGCCUCUCGAAAAUCGACCGCGACUUCCCCGCAUAGCCCUAAGCAAGCGGAAUCGGGCUGUCGUGAGGGCUCUGAACCCAAUGCUGGUGACCUAUUUGGAAGCCAGCCGGGACCUUUGCGUGACGGACUCAAUUAUUUUGGGCGCCGCGCUGGCAGUCUGCCGUAUCAUAGUCGCCAAGGUUUCCACGGCUGGACGCGCUACUGGCUAUAGUAGCGCUAUCCCAGCAUGGAGAAGAAGAAUUGAGGAACGUAUCGCAACGGCUAGAGCUCUCAUCGGCAGACUGAUAUGCUUCAGAUCAGGCAACAACAGGCCAAGAAUUGUGCGCACCGUCAGGAUGGCGUUUGCUGGGACAAAUGUCAGUUUGUCCCAGCCGGAUAUAACGAAAAAACUGACGGAGCGCAUAGAUGAUCUGAAGCAGAGAAUCGCUGCUUGGGGAAAGAGGAUUCGGCGAUAUACCGAGAGGUCGACACGGUUCAACCAGAAUCGUCUCUUCCAGAGUGAUCAGAAGAGGCUCUAUCAAUCAUUGGAGCGACCAAUGGUAAGUGGAACGGGUCCAGCACCGAAUCAGGCCGACACUGUAGCAUUCUGGCGCGGCCUGAGGUCAGAGCCCGUAAACCACAGCGAGGGCCCUUGGACGGAAGUUGUGGCGAGUCAGUGUGCGGGUAUUACGCCCAUGGACCCCGUCAUCAUAACGCCGGAUGACGUAGCUGAGGCGGUGCGUAGGGCCCCGAACUGGAAAAGUCCGGGGCUUGACGGGCUGCAUCACUACUGA